AUGGCUCCUCUCCCGCCCGACCCUUACAAGAUCCUCGGCGUCUCCAAGGAUGCGCAGCUAACCGAGAUCCGCUCAUCUCACCGAAAACUCGUCCUCCAGUGCCAUCCCGAUAAAGUCCAAGAUCCCAAGCUCAAGGCGGAUAAGCAGACCGAGUUCCAGCGCGUCCAGCAGGCUUAUGAGCUUCUUACCGACAGUGAGAAGCGUCAAAAAUACGACGACCAGGUCAAACUUGAGGAACUUCGCCGCCUUAUGAAGGAAAAAGCAAACAUCUCGACCCCCAAAUCUUCGGCCAAGUACACGAGCGAGUUCGAGAUUCGCACCACGGACAGGGGCUCCUCCGCUUUCAAGUCGUCGCCCUCGUCCGCCAAAGUCUACACUUUUAGCCGCAGCUACGACGAUGACUACGCCACUGGCGGCACUCGCAUUUUUGAGGCCAGGAGCAACCGCUCCUCCAAACGCGACCCCAGCUUCGCCGAACGACAAUCCAAGCGGGAAUCGGAAAAGGAGCGGGAAAAGGAUAAGGAGCGCGACCGUGAACGUCGCCGCAAGGAGGAAAAGAAGCGUUCAGACAAGCAGCGCGAUCGAGACAUCAAACGUGACGCCGAAGAAAAGUAUCGCUCCCGGAACGCCAAGCCCUCAGUGGAGGUUUUCGAAGACGAACCGCCCAAGUCGGAGCGUAAACGGUCCAGUAAGAAGCACGACGACAAAGCUGGUCGCACCUCACCCCGCGAUGAAGUGCCCAUUCCUUCCCCACGCGCGCCACCUAUCAGCAACACCUUCUACUCCUCCACCGACCGCAACACUUACGACACAGCAUCCAAGUACGUGCAGGCGUCCCGAGGCACCCCUGGCUUGGGCCGUUCCUACUCGUACACGACCCGCUCCCCGUAUCCCCCGGCCGCGCCUUCGCCGCCGCCCAGCAACAUGAAGAAGGCGUAUCUCGAGGAAGACUCGGAAUCUGAGGAUUGUGUGCGCCGCUCCUCAGCUGCACCCUCGCGCCGCGGCUCGGGCGAUGGUCCGCGAAUCUCGCGCGAGCGCUCCGCCUACCGUCAACCCUCGCAUGAGGUCCUCGAGGACGACGUUCAUGUUGCUUCAUCGCCUGCCGCCCGCCACACAGCAUCGUUCAGUCGCUCGAUGCCGAUGGGCAGCUCACCACCUCGUCAUGAGAUGCAGCUGCCCCGCGUCAACUCGAUGCCGCAACCCAGCUUCGCGCGGCCCGGCCCUGGCAUCACGCGCGCACACACCUUUGCCUCGGACAUGCCGCGCGGCCGAGACCGGUCACGCAUGCAUGCGCAAGCACCUAUCGAGUCGGAAUCUGAAGAGGAGUAUGAACGAGAGCGAGAGCGGAGAUACCGCAGCCGCAGGACGGCGUCGCCCGAACAUGUGAACCCCGUACGGUACGAGGUGGAUGGCUCUCGGCGCACCCACCGCAUGCCGCCGCAAAUGCCAGUGGGCGUUGACCCCGGCCAUGGCCACUACUUGUACACGCAGCCUGUCCGUGAAACCCGCGCGCCGCCAGUCUACCGCGAGAGCAGCCACGCCAUGCCGCCCACCGGACGCUACCAGACCGUCAAGACGACCAGAUAUGGCGAUGUUCGAUACAGCGAGUAUCCCCCGUAUAACGGCGCCGUCCGGGCUUGA